AUGGCUCGGUCCGUCCUUAUUCUUGCUGCUCUUUGUGCUGCGACCGUCCAAGCUCGCCCUCAGUCUACAGGCAAAUGCGCAUUCCAAAUUACCGCUUCCAGUGGAAGUGGAGCCUAUGGGUGUCUCAAGGUUGGCGAGACUGGCGGCUUCUCGGCCCCCUCGGGAGCUAAUGUAGAGUUCGCCAUGGGUAGAGACUGUCAAGUCAGCGUCACCAAUGGCCCUAUAGAGGGCGUGUCUGUCCAGUCAAAAGGACCAUGCUAG